AUGGCAAGUCCAGUCCUUCUCGGUGCCGCGCUGAUGGUCGCUUUCGCGAUAUGGACGAUUUUGCGAAGUGGUCGACGAGACCCUCGACUCCCGCCGGGACCACCGACAGUACCUGUGCUGGGAAACGCUCAUCAAAUACCUUUGACAGGAUUAGGCAAGAAAUUUCACGAAUGGGCAAAGGAAUAUGGUCCAAUAUACUCAUUGAAAGUCUUCAACUCGACCAUGAUCGUGUUGGCAGAUCGCAAAGCCAUCUACCAGUUGAUGGAUAAGAAAGGUAGCAUCUAUUCCGACAGGCCUUUUCUGGCAGUGCCCACUUUCAUGAGUCGCGGAUGCCACAUGACCUUUGAGCAAACUACGCCUGGCUGGAGAGAAAAGCGAUCCGUGGUCACCAGAAAUCUGAAUCCGAAGAACCUGGACGAAAAGCAUUUCCAGGUUCAAGAGGCCGAAGCGGCCGUUUUCAUGAACAACCUCGUCCACCAUCCCACCAAGUCCUUUGAUUAUGCGAGGCUGUACGCCUCGUCCGUGGCGGCAAUACUCGCCUGGGGAUUCAGAGCCAAGGACUUUCAAUCCUUCUUUUACAAGGAUUUUUAUGAUUUCGUGGAUCAGUGGCUUGGUGCGAUUGAACCAGGUGCGAACCCACCUGUCGAGCAAGCGCCUUGGCUGUGGUAUCUCCCGGGUGCCUGGAAGAAGCGAGCGUACCAUGUGAGGGACAUGAUGGACUCGACGUGGUCCAAGGCCCGAAAGAUGGUCGAAGAGAGACGCGAACGAGGCGAUGUUCGCAAUUCGAUGAUCGACGUCAAGCUUGCCGAGUAUGAAAAGGACGGCUGGCCGAUGUCGCAAUAUGCUUUCAACAAUCUCUUCGGAGAGCUGCUCGAGGCUGGGGCAGAUACUACUGCAAAUAUGCUUCUGACCAUCAUCCUUGCGGUGACCAAGUUCCCCGAAGUGCAAGUCAAGGCGAGGAAAGAACUUGACGAGGUUUGCGGGACCGAGCGAACGCCGUUGUUCUCUGAUUUCGACCGCCUUCCGUACAUCAAUUAUGAUUGGUACGAGGGCAUGUAUCUCCCCAAAGAUAGCACGGUCUGGUUAGCUGCCUGGGCGAUCCAUCAAAACAAUGAUGAGUAUGCCGACCACGAUCGCUUCAACCCGGACAGGUUCAGCAACCACCGGAAACUCGCCAAUGACUACGCCGUCGGACCAGACUGGCAAGGCCGAGAUAAGGCUAUACAUCACUACGGGUACGGAGCUGGCCGCAGAAUGUGCCCGGGAAUCCAUCUGGCAGAGAGGAGUAUGUGGCGUGUGACUGCCAAGCUGCUUUGGGCGUUUGAAUUUGAGGAGCUGCCAGAUAAGCCCCUCGAUGUCAACGCGUACACCUCGUCGAAUCUUGUGCGGCCGUUGGAAUAUGAAGUCAAGGUCACGCCUCGCAGCGAGCAGCAUAGGGACGUCAUUCGGCGGGAGCUGAACGGAGCCUUGGAGUUCUUGAGCCAGUAUGACUGAGAUUCAAUCUUGGUCAAGCUGCCGUCAGGAUAGGUUCUCGUUGGCUGUUGGGUAGCCUGGAUAGGUCAAACAUCGCAAGUAUGCCAAGUGUGGCUCAUUGGAGGACAUGAUGGAUUUUGAG